AUGCCUUAUAUUCCUUUCACACAGUGGGCGGCGGUGCUUGAGCAGCACGGCAAGCCUCCCGUCAUUGUUGAAGACAGACCGAUCCCAGAAGCCGUUCCUGGCAGUAUCGUUGUUAAGGUCCUAGCCACACCAGUAUCACGUUACGCGAGAACCGCGAUCGACGGCACGAUCCCUGCUCCCCUCCUCGAUACGCCCUUUGUCCCGUGCCCAAGAGCUCUCGGAUACGUGUACAAGGCCGGCAGUGGCACAACGUCCUUUAGGGAGGGAGACUUGGUGCACGUCGAGCCUGCAGUCAUGGCUCGCGAUGAUCCAAACGUAUUCAUCAUGCAAGGACACGUCAAGGGGCUGCCUAGCGACAAGACUGACAGAUUGGCCAAAGGAGAGUUUCGUGACGGUGCUCUUCAACAGUAUCAGCGCGUCCCACUCGAGAAUGUCUACCAUAUAGACGAGACACUCAUCAGAAAGUUGGGCGUCGACCUGAUCAACCUCGUCUCCAUCAGCGCAUUUUCUCCAGCCGCCGGAGCCAUAUUUGAGUCAGCGAACCUCAAAGUCUGCGACACAAUCAUCAUUGGGCCAUCGGGUGGGUCGUUUGGUGGAAGUGCUGUUGAGUUGGCCUUGGCGGUUGGAGCAAGCGUCGUUGCUCUUGGACGUAACGCGGAAUUGUUACAAGCCACGGAGCAGAGCUUGAACACCGUUCUCAUGACGGGCGACGUCGAGACCGACGCCGCUGCUAUACCCGUGGCCACGCCUGGUGGUGGAGGGGCAGACAUUUUCAACGAUUGGUCUCCAGGUGGUGUCACUGUCGCUCCCUUUCCACCAUCGGCUAUUCGAGCGCUCAAACGAGGCGGGCGAAUCGUGAUCAGCGGCGGAGCUUACGGCUUCUUGGAAGUUCCGUACAUAUCAAUGGUGUUCAAUAAGUUAUCGGUCGAGGGCUCCUUCAUGUACAAUCGCGAGUCUAUGAUAAGACUAAUUCACAUGAUCGAAUCAGGACAGCUUGAUAUCGGCACUGGAAGUGGCACUCGGGUUCGAAAGUUUGGAAUCGACGAGGUUGACAAAGCUAUCGUCGCCACUGAGAAAACAACUCGGUGGAGGAGCCACACUGUUGUUACUCCCAACCUAAUAGACUCGUAG